GGCGGGACGUAUACAAGCACGCCGGCUUUCGACGCGUGUAUCGACGGCAUAUGUCUGCAACGUCCAGUCUUACAGAUCAUUAUGUUUCCAUCGCAUACAUCGUAUUCUCUGCGCGUUCGCAUCGCAGUCUUCAGCCAAAAUUCCCAUCACCAUGAAAUCCUUAUAAAGGGGAUUGAAGUUGUAUUCUUUCAAGACCACCAACACAUCCUCCUACAUACGCUGAAACCAUCAUGCCCUCCAUUAGCGACUCCAAGUGCAUCCUUAUCAUAGGCGCAACUUCUGGCCUUGGGCGUUCUCUCGCUCUCAGUAUCCUCGCUCUCCCUUCAAAGCCAACUGUUAUCGUGUCUGGACGUCGCCAGGGCCGUCUCGACGAGCUCGCCCAAGCGCACGCCGAUGAACCUAGACUGAAGACACUCAAUUUUGAUGUUGGUGUCGAUAGAGUAUCCCUUAAAGCAUCUGUGAACAAGGUUAUUAGUCAGUAUCCUGAGCUUGAUGCCGUUAUGUUUUCAGCUGGUAUACAACAUCAGUUUGAUUUUACCAAGCCCGAGUCAAUUGAUCUUGACCAGGCGUCAGAUGAACUGAAUACGAAUUACAAUGCUAUAUUCAACAUGAUAACUUUCUUCCUUCCUCAUCUUAUUCAGCUUGGGAAAAGCAGGCCCACCUUCAUCUACACCGUCACGUCUGGCCUCGCCAUCGUUCCAGGCCCAUGGGUGCCAAAUUACUGUGCUACUAAGGCAGCUCUUCACAGUUUGAGUCUGUCCCUCAAUGUACAACUAAGAGACUCGAACGUACAUGUGGUCGAGAUAAUCCCACCAUUGGUCGAAUCGGAACUUCAUGACCACCAGCUGGGUGCAAAUGAACGUUUGUCUCGUUUCUGGAUGCCUUUGGAGGAAUUUACGGCGCUCACGAUGGAGCGCUUGGAAAAGGGCGACAUUCAGGUUCCAAUUGGCCCCAUGGUUGGCGGAAAUUACAAAGAGUUCGAGGAGGGGAAGGUGGAUCAAGUGAUUCAAAUGUUCAAGCGUAUGUAAACGUAAAGAAAGUGUCAGCAGUGUCGAGAAUUUAUCGACUGUAUUGGCAACACUGUUGGCUCCCGAAUGUCUACAGAGGCCAACAAGCUUUUUAUGUUCACUGGCUCAGUGAGUCACGUGAUAUUUUAAUUAUGCACUGAAGAUCACUGCAGCGAUGACGUACUAUCCAACUCGUCGUGAU